CUAUGGCCCUUGUAUCUAAACAGUCAAAAUUAUUUGAAAUGACUUGCAGAGGUAUUGAGGCUAAGCAUCCCAACUCUGCUAUUCGUAAAUGUGCUAGGGUUCAAUUGAUCAAAAACGGGAAGAAGAUCGCUGCAUUCGUUCCUAACGAUGGUUGUUUGAACUACAUUGAAGAAAAUGAUGAGGUGUUGAUUGCUGGAUUUGGUCGAAAGGGUCAUGCCGUAGGAGAUAUUCCUGGUGUCAGAUUCAAAGUUGUGAAGGUUUCUGGUGUAUCUCUCUUGUCUCUCUUCAAGGAGAAGAAGGAGAAACCAAGAUCUUAAUUUGCCAUUUUGCCAAAAUACUGUUUCCAUGGACUUCUAGUUUUCAAAGGAAGUAGAAGAAUUUGAUGAAAAAGAAGAACUGUUUUCAAAGUUGUUAACUUUUUAUUCUUCUUGGAUUUUUGGUGAAUCUGUGAUUAGUGUGGAAGUUGUAGAAACACCAUUGAUGAGAGUUGUGGAGCUUCACGCCCACCAAGUGUUUGAUAAAAUGUUUCAAUAUAUUUCAGUGUAUUAUUUCAUUGUAUUUAUCUUCUUUUUUUUUUUUUUUUUUUUUUUUUUUGUGUAGAGCCUAUUUUUGCUCCACUUUGUUUUCACGAUUUUUGUAUUUCACUGUAUCUCAAUGUAAUUCUGCAUUUUGUAUUUCUAAUUUAUGAAAUAGUUUCUGAUAUAUUUCAUUGUAUUCCAUUAUAUAUAUGCAUACUACAACUUUAUAUUUCUUAAACAAUCAAUCAUGUUUCAUUGCAUUCCAGCGUAUAUUUUUCUAUAUUUGGAAGUUUUCAGAUCUUUAGUGGUUUUUGAAUUCAAAAAGUUUUGAUUGUGAUAAAAGUUGAGAGAGAUUCGUGAGCUGUUAUGGAAUGCGUAAAAUAUGGUUGAUUUAAUUUAACUUACCAUUUAAAAAGAAAAAGAAGAAUUUGUUCAAAAAAUAUAGCCUAUUUUUACUCAACCCGAUUUUGUA